ACGGUGGUAAGUACUUUUUAUAAACUUGACAUGUUACGCACGUUAUCUCUCACAGGCUAUCUAGGUUUAUCGAAUGCAGAUGUAAUUUGACCGCAUUCAAGUGAUUUAAGUUGUAUGGAGAAAUCUGUAUGUGGGAACAUAUGAGGUUUGACCGUGCUGAAUUGUUGUCCAUACCGGCUUCUCUCUUUUAACUUUCAUCUUCUGGUGUUUCCUCGAAGGCCGUUUGAAGAGCUUCUAGGAAGAGAAGAGGUGACAAGCCAUACAUGCUAAAUAGUGCAUGUAUAGGUCUACCAUUUUUUUUUCUUCAGGCAUAGCUAUUUAUUACACGAUGGCAUCUAAACGGAACAAAAUUGCACUCGGGGCAGCUGGCAUUGUGGGAGCUGGAAUUGUAUCAUGGCGAGCGUUCUUCCCGUGGAUCGGUUAUGAUUUGACAAUGAUGAAACAAGGCGGUAGACUGAUGAACUUGUUUAUGAAAGAUAUUAACGAUGAACGUUACGUCAUUAAUAUGUUUGAAGAAGCAGUUGCAAAUCACCCCAAGAAGCCAUUUGUAAUAUUCGAGGACAGAGUGUACAGUUAUGAGUUCAUGAAUGACCAGGCAAACAGAGUGGCAAAUAUAGCGGCAAAAUGGGGGCUGAAACUUGGGGAAUGUGUUGCUAUAAUGAUAGAAAAUGAACCGUCUUUCAUCUGGACAUUUCUUGGUUUACAGAAACUGGGUAUAGCUGUUGGACUCAUAAACUACAACAUUAACGGACAGCCAUUGGUUCACACAAUACGAGCAUGUGAGGCGAAGGUCCUCAUCGUUGGUUCGACUGAUAGAAUAGUUCACUCGGUCAAGGAGGUGAGGUCGGAUAUAGGAGAUAUUCCCGUGUAUGUACAAGGUCAACACCGUGGUCCAGAGUUUCAGUCCUGGGAUAGUUUGAUGUUGGCUACACUUCCAAUACCCGUAUGUCCAAGUAUAAGACAAGGGUUGACUAUGAAAACGACAUGUUGUUAUAUUUUUACUUCCGGUACUACAGGUCUGCCAAAGCCUGUAAUCAUAACACAACUAAAAGGGAUUGGUUUUAGUAAGUUCUUCCAGUUUUUCAACUUCAUUCCAUCAGACAUCGUGUAUACAUGUACGCCACUAUAUCACAGUGCGGGAUUUGGUCUGGGGCUUAUAAACACACUGGAUCAGGGGGCUACAAUGGUUCUCAAACGGAAAUUUUCUGCUCGUCAGUAUUUUGAAGAUGUACGAAAGUACAAUGUGACUGUCAUACAAUAUAUAGGGGAGCUCUGUCGGUACCUACUAUCCGUACCGGAGAGUCCGCUAGACGGUAAACAUAAAGUGAGAGUGGCUGUUGGAAACGGGUUAAGGGCAGACAUAUGGGAGACCUUCAAACAGAGGUACAACAUUCCUAGAAUCUGUGAAUUCUUUGCGGCAACUGAAGGAACAGCCGGCUUUAUUAACCUUAGCAACCGGACAGGAUCCUGUGGUCGCUACUCUCCUUUAAUAUCCUGGCUGGAUAAGACACCUAAGUUAUUUGUGAAAGUGGACAUAGACACUGGAGAAAUCCUUCGAGAUAAGAAUGGACACUGUAUGCCGGUCGGUGUUGGAGAAGCAGGGGUGUUACUGAGCGGUAUACCUGAAUUUCUCAACGAUAUACAGUUCUACAAAGGAAGCCGGGAAAUGAAUGAGAAGAAAUUGGUGAGAAACGUUGUGAAGGAGGGGGACUGUUUCUUUAACUUUGGAGAUAUGUUGUCGAUGGAUUCAGAUUACUUCUUGUAUUUCAAGGACCGGAUAGGGGACACGUUCAGAUGGAGAGGUGAAAAUGUUGCAACGUAUGAAGUUUCGAAUGUUCUCACGGAGUUGGAUAUUAUACAUGAUGCUAAUGUGUACGGUGUGGAGAUUCCAGGCACGGAGGGACGAGCUGGUAUGGCAGCCAUCCAUCUAGCUGACAAGGUGACGAUCACACCGGAAGUACUCAAGGUCAUUUUCAGUCAUGCAAAAGGAAAGCUACCAAGCUAUGCCAGACCAUUAUUUCUAAGAUUUCCCAAGGAACAGGCUGUAACAACAACGCUAAAACAACAGAAAACACAACUGAGAAAAGAAGGGUUCCACCCCCAAGAUAUAGACGACCCGCUAUUCUAUUUUGACGAACAAAAGAAAACAUAUUCACCCCUUACUGUUGCAAGUUACGGUCAGUUUCUUACACAGUCCAAACUGUAGUCAUAAAACAAAUGGUCAGUUUGUUUAAAAAAAUCUACAUAGGACGUACAGUACCACUGGGACGUUCUAGUCAAGCUAGUGCUUUUCAUUCUGUAGAACUAUUUGCAGAGGGAAAUCUUUCACUAAUCAAAUAAAAUCAAACGUUUCAUUAUUUUUUUCGCGAAUAGACGAAAUAAUUUAUAAAUUUAUGUCAAGAUAAUUAUGAGGGUUGUAUGAACUUCCAUGGCAUCUACUGUGAGAUUUCAGAAGCUGGACAUAGGACCUGCAAAACGAAAUUUUAAACACACUUCAAAUAGAGCAUAAUAUAUAAAAAGCAUUUUCUUUUCGUACAUGUCAUUUUGUUAAAUAUCUAGCCAAGAUAUAAAAAUAU